CCCACUUUGAGCAACUGUCUGUUCCUUUUUACGUUCCUCGCUCGUUUGGCAAGAGGCACUUGCACCCCUUGUCAUCAACCCAUCAUCACCGGUCCGACCUCCUCUCUAACUUCUGCCACUCUUGAACUCGCGACUCCGUCUCUUGUGCUCGCCGUUCACUCCCUGGGCCGCCAGUAUAUUGCUAUUCUAGACAGACAGACACACAGACACCUUCGCGCCAAACGCUUGCAGGGCAAAUGACAACGCACGCGACGCCUGCAACCGACAUGGGGGACCUGACGGAGGCCAACUCGCUCGAGGCCGCCAGGCUCGAGGCGGGAUCCCCCACGACGAGCUCCAACAAGGAAAAGAAUGGCGUCUCUGAACCAAAGGAUGGAGGCGAGGAGCAGCUGACUGAGGACUACCGCUUCGCCGAUGAGAGGGAGCGCAAGGGCGCGCAGAAUAUGCACAAGCUCAGCUGGCAAAGGCUCACCAUCUGCCUCAUUGUCGAAGCCAUCGCUCUGGGUUCGUUGAGCAUGCCGAGCGUUUUCGCCACCCUCGGCAUGGUCCCCGCCGUCAUUGUGACCGUCGGCAUCGGCUUGAUUGCCAUCUACACGUCGUACAUCGUCGGCCUCACCUGUCUCAAAUACCCCGAGGUGGUGCACUACGACCAGGUCGGCUACCUCUUCUUUGGCAAGAUUGGCAAGGACAUCUUCGGUGUCAUCUUUGUCAUCUACCUAUCCUUUGUUACCGCUUCUCACGUCCUCACGGGCACGGAGCUGUGGAACGCCCUCAGUACGACGCACAUCUGCAGCUUGGCGUUCGGUGUCAUUUCCGCCAUCAUUCUCUAUCUCGUCGCGCUCCCUCCUACGUUCCACGACAUGGCGGUGCUGGGCUACAUCGACUUUGCGUCCAUCUGCCUCGCCAUCCUCAUCACCAUGAUCGGCACCGGCAUCCAGGGCCAGAAGCUGCCUGGUGGCCUGGCCAACGCCGACUGGCACGCGUUCCCCCAGGAGCCGGUCUCGUUCAAGAAGGCCUUUGUCGCGGUCACCAACAUCGUCUUUGCCUACUCCUUUGCGGCCUGCCAGCCCUCGUUUAUGUCGGAGAUGCACAGGCCAAAGGACUUUGUCAAGUCAAUUUGGGCUCUGGGCCUCAUUGAGAUCUUCAUCUACACCGUCACGGGCGCCGUCAUCUACAGCUUUGUCGGAUCCAGUGUCGAGUCGCCCGCGCUGCUGAGCGCUGGCGGCAAGUUCGAGAAGGCUGCCUGGGGCGUUGCCAUUCCCGUCGUCUUCAUCUCGGGCUCCAUCAACUCGCAGGUGGCCGGCCGAUAUGCCCACAUGCGCAUGUUCCAGGGAACCAAGCACGUCUACAUCAACACCGUCAAGGGCUGGGCCUGGUGGCUGGGCAUCAUUGCCGCCAUCACCCUCUUUGCCUGGAUCGUCGCCGAAGCGAUUCCCUUCUUCUCCGACAUGCUGUCCAUCAUCUCGAGUCUGUUCAUCUCUGGCUACUCGUUCUUCUGGCCUGGGUUCAUGUGGUGGAUCCUCCUCCGCAAGAAGGGCACGAGCAUCUUCGGGAGCAAGACUAGCAUGUUCCACGCCUUUGCGAGCACCCUGUCGAUCAUCAUUGGCUUCACCGUCGUCGUUGCUGGUCUCUAUGCCAGCAUCGAAGAUAUUCGCGACGAGUACGCAACUGGUUCGGUCAAGUCGCCAUUCACCUGUGGCAGCACCUCUGGCUAGAGGCAGACAUUCUCGUCCUCCCUCCUUCUCUUCUUCUCGAGGCUCUCUUCUCCAUCACCUGUACCAGUAGUAUCUCAAGGUUGCUGCAUCUAGCCUCUGCCCACACGGCACCUCUGAGGUUUCAAACCAAUGAAAUGAAGCCGAUAUUCUUUCUA